CUCAGCCGACACAAAACUAAGGACUAGAAAUGGGCCGAGAACUUCCAAAAUGGGCCGUCCCCCGCCUUGUUUUUCUCUGCAACUCUUCAAUUAACUCUCCCCAGAAAUCAGCAAAGAGCUCAAUCACACGCUCGAAUUCAUCUCUCUGCUGGCAGAUGAGAAGCGCCACUCGACCCAGCCAACGGCGACCAUUUCCGACUCCUCUCUCUACCUCCGGUUGGUUUUCGCUUCCAUUUCUGUGUUUUUUGAGCUCGAUAUGAUUUGGUUUUUGAAACCUUAGGGGCUCGAAACGAAGUCGGUGACCUAUGGAAUUGCCCUACUUGGAUCCCUGACUUAUUAGGUACGUAGUUCAAAUCACAAUUUUACCUUUCAAUUUUGCAGUUACUGAAAUCCAAAUUUCUUUUUUACCUUACUUAUUGUGUUCUUUAGUUUGACGAUCAAUCCAGAAGUUAGUACUUAGUGGUUUUCAGCUCCGCAUAGCGUGUUCAAUUUCGAUUAUUGGUACCAUUACUAUGAUGUUGUAGUAUCCUCUUGGUAAACCUCACUGUCCAGGAAUUUUGAUCUUUCGUAACGGUUAGUGUAAUUUGGUAUCGGUUCGGGGAGUGUUAUGGAUUGGAACAAGCGAAAUGUUCUCGGCCAACGGCCUAGUGUGCAGUUUAAAAGAAAAGGGAGCAGUAACAAGAGAGGGAGCUGGAAUAGUUCAAACCAAGAACAGUCUUCGGGCAAUGCUCAGUCCCUCGAGACUGUGUAUCGUAUACUCUGCCCCUCUAAGAAAAUUGGCGGUGUGAUUGGGAAAGGCGGUGGGAUAAUAAAAUCACUGAGAGAAGAGACACGGUCCAAGAUUACGGUUGCUGAUUCUGUUCCCGGUUCGGAUGAGAGAGUGAUUAUAAUCUUUAGUCCCCCAAAUAAAAUUCCGAGGAAACAAAAUAAUGAUGAAGAUUUAGAUAAGGGUGAUGGACAGGAGCCCUUGGAGCUACACUGUGCUGCCCAAGAUGCACUUCUGAAAGUUCAUGACAGAAUCGUAGAGGAAGAUCAUGAUGAUGGGGUUACAUUUGAUGAUGAUAAUGAGAAUAUUGUUGUCACAAGACUUCUAGUUCCAAACAACUUGGUAGGAUGUCUUCUAGGAAAGCAUGGGAGUGUUAUUCAAAGAUUGCGAAAUGAGACACAUGCAAACAUUCGUGUUCUUCCUGCAGAUCAGCUUCCUACUUGUGCUAUGGAAACUGAUGAGUUGGUGCAGAUAUCUGGAAAACCGGGCGUGGCGAAAAGAGCACUUUAUGAAGUGUCUACCCUAUUGCAUCAGAAUCCACGUAAGGACACACCUCCUUUGAAUUUGACUGUACCUUUUGGGGGUCAGGGGUUUCAUCUGCCAGGAGCCCCAAAUUUUCUCCCACCUGGCAAUCAAAUGUGGCCUAAUAGGGAGCCUGCCCACAGUAUUCCACCAAUGCCAUGCAUAGGAGAGUAUGAAAGCUCUGAAUAUGCCCGAGGGGGUUUUAUUGGUGGUCCGGAGUGGCAUGGGGUUGAAGCUCCAGCUGAGUUUUUUAUUAAGAUUUUGUGUUCAGCGGGGAAAAUUGGUGGGGUUAUUGGCAAGGGGGGUUUCAAUGUGAAACAGUUACAAGAGGAGACAGGAGCCAGUAUACAUGUUCAGGAUGCAUCAACAAACUCAGAAGAACGUGUAAUUCGUGUCUCUGCUUUUGAGGCUUUGCGGAAUCCAAGGUCGCAAACAAUUGAGGCAAUUCUUCAGCUUCAGAACAAAGCUAGUGAAUCAUCUGAUAAAGGUACGAUCACGACGAAGCUUCUUGUCCCAUCAAGUAAAGUUGGCUGCAUCCUUGGACAAGGAGGGCAAGUUAUUAACGAGAUGAGAAGGAGAACCCAGGCAGAUAUUCGUGUGUAUUCAAAAGAUGAUAGGCCUAAGUGUGCAGCUGAAGAUGAAGAGCUUGUGCAGAUAUCUGGUAACUUUGUCGUUGCUAAAGAUGCUUUGGCUGAGAUUACAUCAAGACUGAGAGUGAGAACUCUGCGUGAUACAAAUGCUGGAGAAGAACAUGCUCAUGUGGGCCCUCCGCCUAGAUUUGGUCCUCCAGGCAGCUUACCUGUUAGAGGAAUGCCACCACCACCCCGUGCAAUUAGAGCUUCCAGCUCUGGUCAAUAUGAUCAUCUAAAGGUUGGUGGAUAUGAAUAUGAACCAGAGAGAUACCCGGUUCCUCCCGCUGCCUCUGGCUAUCAAAGAGUCAACAGAGCUCUGGAUGGUAGGAUUCCGAACAGUGCAGUUGAUUCGUUUACUGGAAUAGAAGGGAGCAAUGUUUCCCAUCUUCGAGAGGUUUCUCAAGCAAGAGUGAGAUUCCAAGACUCCCACAGUACUCUUCCUGAGCGUGUUUCUGAGAUCCGUGGUCCUGGUCAGUUGAAUGCAGCACAAAAUAUCCUUCAGGCCCUCACGGCCUCUGUUGGUCAAAAUGCUAGUGCUCAGCCUAGCUCCAACCAUAAUGCAAAUACUCUGCAAGGUUCCUACUCCAACAUCUCUGAUCAUCAAAGCCCGUACCAUAUCAAUGCUCCAAGAAGCCCAUACCGAAUGAAUGAUCCACACAGUCCCUAUCGAGGAAAUAUUCAGCAAAGCCCCUAUCAGAUCAAACCCCAGCAAAGCCCCUACCAAACCAAUGCUCAGAAAAGCCCCUACCGUAUCAAUUCUCAUCAAGGCCCUUACCAAUUCAGUGCUCAGCAAAGCUCUUAUCAGUUGAGUGCUCCACAAGGACCAAACCCCAACAUCAAGGCUCCACAAGGUGCGCACAAUAACUUUAGCUCACAGCAAGGUGCGUACCAUAACCUUAACUCACAGCAAGGUGCGUAUCGUAACCUAAACUCACAGCAAGGUGCGUACAAUAACCAGUAUGACCUUAACCCACAGCAAGGAGCUUACAAGUACCGACCCUGAUGAUUUCAGAAUUUUUGUGCCAUAUUGUUUUUAGAUUACCCUUGUUAUUAGUGUACCAAUAUUAUACGUAGAAAUUUCUCUUAUGAGCUUUUAGGUCUCGCAUAAGAAAUGCCUAUAAAACUAUUAAUGGAUUCUUGAAUGGAGAUUAGUGGUCGGUUGUUUGCAAA